GCUUGUCAAAAGCUCGUCACGUAUCGUAGUGGAGAAGUGUUCAGAGGGACUGAUCGGAGAGCGCAGGCGACGGCGUUCCCCCACGCCCCCCCCGGCGGCGGCUGCGAUGCUCGAGGGCGCAGGCGGCGAUGGCCAAGCGCGCGGCGGCGGGAUGGCGGUGGAGGGCCAUGGCCGCGGCGCUCCUGCUCUCCUCGCUGCUCCUCCUCUACUACUCGAAGGAUGCAUCACUUACCCGAGCUGUGGACCAAGAAAAAAGCCUGGAAUCGCCAACGACUGCUCAAAGGCCUUCACCUGCACGGGGGAAUGGCAGAUCCAGCAGUAGUGACUUCACGCUCUCAGAGAGAAUGGGGGAUAGCCUACAGUUGUCCAGCAGUCACAAUACUGUUACAGAUAAUAUUCAAGCUCACGAUCAGCUAGUCACGAAGGAGGACAGUUGGAUAGAAAAGAAACACAAAGAGAAACAUGAAGCUAAAUUCAACAAAUCAAUACUGACAAAACACAGAACAUCGCCUGCUGUCGAUUCAGAGACAGAUGUCGAGAAACGCUUAAACUUUACGUCAUUAUCGACCAGAGAAAGGGAAAGUAGCAUCUCCGGAGACAGCAGCAGUGUGCGAAAUAAUUCUGCAAAUAUUUCGGUUGUAAGCUCCCAGACAUCUCAUAGAGGAGAUCUGACAUCGAACAUCACUCACCAUGAACGCAGUAACAAUAAAAAGGAGAGACUAUUUCUUGAGGAAAGUCCCCAACACGGAGCUACGUCACAACAGAAGGUUCAUACAAACAAAAUUAGAUUUAUAUCAGCUUUAAACUCUUUCAUUCUUGCUGAUAAUUUGAACUUCAAUGCUUUAAGCGCCAAACGGCUCUUGUAUAUGAAGACCAAAUGCCAAGCCCUUGAACUUCCCAAGAGGAAAGAGAGAAAAACAAUACGAAAGAAAAUUGCUGUCCGAGAUCUCUUCAGCACCUGCGUUGCCCCGAAGGGAGGGUCUACUUCAUGGUAUGAACUAAGAGAGAAGUUAAAACAACACCGAUUUGAAGGAAGUGCCCAGGCAGCUAUCCUCAGUGUAAGGCACCCUCUCUCACGCUUGACAUCAGCUUAUAGUCUCAAGUUGCAUAAUGGUGAGCAUGACCCAGUCGGAUCUCUAUUUAAAAUAGUUCUUUAUAAACGGCUGCAUUCAGAAUUAUAUUCUCGCUCAUUUCAUGUAAGACACCAAAACGUCUGG